AUGUCUCUGGCCGUUGACGAAAAUCGCCGUCGUGGACGGUCCAAGUCCCCGGGGCGUCGCGAAGUAGAGGAUCGCAUGGACAGCUACCGAGAGACUGAGCAGAGACAGGACCGCGAGCGCGAGCGUGAACGCGCGUCUCGUUAUUAUGAUGACCGUGACGACGAUGACCGUGGAGCUAGGAACCGCAGGGCCGGCGCUAACAGCGACACCCGCGAGUCGAGCUACGCCUACCCCGAAGACGACCUUGACGACUUCCCCGCCGCCGCCGCGAGGACACGCGUAGAGACGAUGAAUACAGCUGACUCGCCCUAUCGAAGCUCCAAGGACAAGGUGGACCCUGGCCGUGAUUCUCGGUUUCUCCUCAAAAGUACAGCAAGUCCGUCCAGAAAACCGAGCCCCCGCGACGAUAGGCGCUACGAGGAACGUCGCCGCCGCCGGGACGACUCCGACUCGGAAUCGGACGAUAGUUAUGAUGAUGAUGACGACGACGACGAUCCCAGGUCGCAGCAGCGAUUCAAUCGAGGAUACGAAGACGCCCGUCGUCGACACGAUGCCGAACAAGAAGAUCGCCGUCGCCAGACGCGAGAUGGCGGCGAGCCCGAGCGCCGCCACCGAUUUCAGAUGCGGGGUCCGUCGCCGCCCUCUGAUAAGCCCAAGAAGAAGGCUCAGUUGGAGGAUGACCUAGCCUAUGGCAAAAUGGCCGGUGAGGAACCCUCCAUCCGCCAAACCGCGCAGCAGGCUGCUUCCAAGACCUUUUCCAAGACCGAGCAGGACCUGUUGUCCAAGUUUGGAUACAGCGGCCAUGGCUCCGGGUACCCGCCGGAAAAGAAAACGGCGAGGUUCGAUCCUGCCGACGACCCGCGACGCUCGUCCUCCAAUGUUUUGACCGUCGAACCGGGUGACCGGCGCCGAGGAGAUCGCGACCGGUCUCCCGCGCCUCCUACCAACAAGAUGUCGUCCUUGUCAGUGAGCACUGGCCAUCACUCGUUUAACAUGUCACUCGGGGCGGCGCCCCCUUCGCCUCUCCAAGAAGCGUACCACGGCACCUAUCAGUCGUGCUCCCCCAUGCCUUCUCCGCUGAUGCUCCCCAACCACGGUGGAAAUGAGAUUAUUGAAGUGACUCCUCUAAGCCUGAGUGACGAAGACGCCCGAAUCAACCGACGGGCCCGUUUCCACGUCCCAGAAGUUGUCGCGGAGAAAAUGGCCAAAGCCCUCAAAGGCGACCGCCGAUCUCCCGACACCGAGAUCCUCAUCCAGAUACUGCCCGGUCUCAGUCACGAGGAGGUCAUGGAGCUCCGCACUCAGUACAAGACACUCGUCAAAGCUGGCUCGGAGCGCAAGGGCGUCAACGUGGCGAAGCACAUCCGCUCCCGCCUCAAGGAUGAAGACCCGAACCUCAUGAAGGCCUGUUACGCGACCGCGCUUGGGCGAUGGGAGAGCGAAGCCUACUGGGCCAAUUACUGGUACCAGGGCGACAAGACGCGCCGCGAGCUCCUCAUCGAGUCGCUCAUGGGCCGUAGCAAUGGCGAGAUGCGCAUGAUCAAGGAUGGGUUUUCGGAUAAAAAGUACAAUGACAGCUUGACCAAGUGCAUGAAGACGGAGCUGAGGGAAGACAAAUUUAAAAAGGCCGUCAUUCUCGCGCUAGGGAAGAGCACCAACUUUGCACGAGAUGCUCUCCAUAAGAGCACUAACCUUGUGGGUGAGCUCUUGGCUCAUAUUCUCAACGGCGUGAUCAACAAGCCUGUUCGCGAUGCGCUGCUCCUGCACCACGCGCUGACGGCCUCCCGCAAGGAUGACCUGCGCCGCGAGUUGCUGACCUCGCGUCUCGUCCGCUACCACUGGGAUCGCCAACACAUGGAGGCCGUCAAGCGCGCCUACCAGCAGCGAUACGGGCGCGAACUACAGGAUGCCAUCAAGGACGCCACGAGCGGCGAGUGGGGCCUGUUCUGCCGUGAAUUGUGCAUCACCCGGAUGCCCAACGACGUGAGGCGUGUCGAGAGGCUGACGGUGGAGAAACCCGAUCGAUCGAGGUCCAAGGAUAGGUCGCGGGACCGAUCCAACACCCUCGACGUCGCCAAGCCGGAGAGGGGUAAGUCGCGGGAGAGAUCUCGGGACCGCUCGCGAGAUCGACGCAGAGACUAG